GAUAUCGCUUGAUUUUAAGUUUGUUGAAUAAUGAAAUGAAAAUUCGAAGUUAUUAUAAACUGGAAAAACUAUCGAGCAUUCAGUUGAAUACAUUGUAACUGUAAAAUCCACUGUCGUUUCAUAUUGCAGAUGAAAUCGGUAGGGUCAUUCGUGUGAAAACUGUAUAAAAUUAAAUAACUAAACCAAUGGUUGUUUACCGUUCUAUAUUAUUGUUUCAAUUUUUGAACAAAACAAAUAAAGGCGAAAUAUUUGCAGUUUCAUUCAUGAUAUAUUAUAAAUACAAAGCACGCCUUACGGUUAUUUUCAGGUCAUGAUGGUACAAUUUAUUCAUACUCAUGCAUCAUGUAUUGUGACUUAGACUCAGAAAUGAAUGAAAUUAAAAAGCGUAAACAAUUGUAUUAAAAAGACGGUAUACGAUGAACACAAAAUCUAAAGAACAAAGAGAUGGAGCAGGGGGACGGCACAAAAUAUUUGUCUUGAUAUCUUGCUGUUUGAUAAUGGUUCUUCAUAUCGGGUUGCUGUACGCCAUCGGCAUUCUAUUUACUGAUGUUAUGACAACAUUCGACAGUACACGUGCUGAAACGGCAGUAAUACAGUCAACAUCCAUAGGUGUUUGUCUUAUUUCGGGUUUAUUUACUGGAGCGUUAAUCAACAAAAUUGGUUUGAUGGCGGUAGGGAUUUCAGGUUCUCUUUUGCUUAAUUUCGCUUUGAUGGUGUGCUUCUUUGCAUCUUCAUUGACGUAUCUCAUUAUAUCAAUGGGCGUUGUCGGUGGCCUUGGUUUGUCCUGCGUAUAUAUUUCCUCAGCGGCUGCUGUAAGCCAGCAUUUCUCAGGCAGGAAGCAGAUAUUAUAUUUGUCUGUACACGCCACAGGGGCUGGAAUAGGUGGAAUGUUGUACCCGCUUUUAAUUAAAUAUCUAAGUGACCUAUAUGGAUUCAGAGGUGCAUUACUGAUAAUUGGAGCGAUUGGUAUGAAUGCAACACCUACCUGUUUUCUUUGGAAACAUCACUCAAACACCACAAAGCCACAAAAAUGUGUUGAAGUUACUAACCAAAUUGACGAAUUUCAAACACUUUUUGAAGUGAAAACAGAAGACAGUGAUGAAAUCAUCACGAUAGAAAAGUUAAAACAAAGCCCAUCUACAGAAGUUUAUGAUUCCGUAUAUGUAAGCCAGUACCCAGUGCAACAGGGUGAUACUAAAACAAAAACGGUUAUUGUCCAAGGUCCUGGGAAUAAGUCUACUCAUUUGAAGAAAAGUAAACCAGGACAAACAUUAAGUGAAAGUUUCAGACACAUCUUGCACAAUAAAAGUUUCAUCUUUUUUGUAUUUGGAAUGGUCAGUUUAACACCAUGUAUCACAAUGAUGAUUAUUUUUGUGGCCGAUAUCUAUAAGGACAAUGGACUGACAAACGAUGACGUGUCAUUGGGAUUGUUAUUACUCAAUGUAAUGAGUACGGUUGGACGUUUACUUCUGGGAAUGAUAAUGCAGUCCACACGCAUUCCAACAUUAGUAUUGCCUUUACUAAAUGCCGUGUUAUCUGCCGGUUUAAUAUUCUCCUUCAUUCUUGUCAAAUCUCGCUGGCUUUUAAUCGUGUUAAGUGGUGCUAUUGGCAUGCCCGUUGGAGUGUUUGCAUCUAUGUUAACUGUUGUUACCCAGAAGCUUGUAGGCUCAGACUUACUGCCGAUAGCACUUGGAACAUUCUUUACAUUUAAUGGCAUUUGUCAAGUUGUUGCCGGUCCAGUCAAUGGAUAUAUCAGAGAUGUAACCGGUUCCUAUAUUGCAAUAUUCUACAUCGCAACAGGGAUAUGUUUAGUGGGAGCUGUCAUUUUCUUUUUUGCACACAUUACAAGACGCAGAAAGAAACACGACAUUAAAAGAAGGUCAUCAGUAUUCUACCUGACCAACUUUUAAGAGUUCAAUGCUUUGGAAAACAAUUUGCAAACUACUUUGAGUAUAAGCCUUACUACAAGUUGCUAUGCUUAAGUCAUUUCUUUGGUAUUGCAUUCGCAAAAACCUCGUGCAUUUAAUUUGUUUAAAAUUCUAGACCAUUACUAGUAAUUACUAAUUGGUUAUAAGGCGACAUGUUUUUUAUUCUGUAUUAAUGUCUUGGUCGACUUAUGGCAUUAUUGCAUACAGGACGAUGAGGGAUGACUUCUUCACAUGGAAAAAGUCUACAUCCCAACCGAAGCUUUGAAUUCACAACUGUGAGGAGCAAGUGACUCAAAGAUAGCUUGAUAGUUGCGACAAUGAAAUUGCCUUAUAAAUUGAAAAACAUAAGCAAAACUGUUAAAUUUCUGACAAAAUAUUGACUUAUAAUUAUGCAAAAUAUACAGUUACAUAAAAAGUAAA